AUGGCCGCUAUUUUUGAGUUGGGCCAAGAUUUUUCAAAAGCGUCAAGCCCACAAAUUCCCGUGUAUUGCCUCGAUGAUCGGUCUCGGCAAACAUGUCCAUUUUGGUUUGACGCCAAUUGUCAAUGCGGCGUAGUGAAUUUC